AUGGGUGACCCACACUACAGCACUUUUGAUGGACACAAGUAUGACUUCCAAGGAACCUGCACCUACACUUUUGUCAAGACACGUGCUGAAAGCUUCGGACUUCCAUCUUUCCAUAUCUUUGCCAAGAAUGAAAACCGGGGGAACAAAGCAGUGUCCUAUGUGACAGUGGUGACGACUGAGGUUUAUGGAUACACCAUCACCAUGACCAGAUCAGAAAUUGGUUUUGUACAGGUCAAUGGUAUCCGGGCACACUUGCCCAUUUAUCUGAAGGAUGGGAACUUGCAAAUUUUGCAGGUUGGCACAUCUGUCCUACUUUCCACUGACUUCCAGCUGAAGGUAUCUUAUGACUGGAAUCACCACCUCCGCGUCACCAUCAGCAGUGCUUAUCAGGAGGCUGUCGGUGGCCUAUGUGGGAAUUAUAAUGAGAAUCCCAGUGAUGACUUCGAAACCCCUGCAGGCACCACAGCUCCUAACAUUCCAGCCUUCGGUGAAAGCUGGGUGGUGACGACUGAUGGCAGCCUUUGCUGGCAUGAUUGCAAUGGGCCUUGUAAGCCUUGUGAAUCCGAUCAGGCCGAGAAGUACGAGUCAGAGGCCUACUGUGGUCUGCUAACCAAGGUUUCCAAUGGCCCCUUUGCUUCUUGCCAUGCCAAGGUGCCCCCCACAAUCUACUUUACGAACUGUGUGUUUGACGUCUGCUCCACCAAAGGGAACAAACAGUCCUUGUGUGAUAUCCUGGCAGCCUAUGCCGAUGCCUGCCAGAGCGAGGGAGCCCAAAUUGGUGACUGGAGAAGGGACUCUGGAUGCUAUCUGGAGUGUCCUCCGAACAGCCAGUACCAAAUCUGUGGAACAGCCUGCCCUGCCACCUGCAUGGAUGACCAAACUCAAGGGCCAAAGCUCUGCCCAGCUGUGUGCGUCGAAGGCUGCCAGUGCCUUGCGGGUUUUGUGCUGAGCCAAGGAUCAUGCAUCCCCGAAAGCAGCUGCGGUUGUGUGUACGAAGGGCGACCCUAUGCCCCCAAUGAGGCUUUCUGGGCGGAUGACCUGUGCCAGAAGCGUUGUGUGUGCAAUCCGUCCAGUAGAGUGGUGGAGUGUUCAGCUAGUGCUUGCAAACCAACAGAACGGUGCCAAGUGGUCAAAGGCGUGCGGGGAUGCUAUCCGACUGGAAACAGCACAUGCUCUGCAUCCGGGGAUCCCCACUACUGGACCUUUGACAAAAAGAGAUUUGAUUUCCAAGGGCCCUGUGCCUACGUGCUUGCUGAGGUUUUCAACAGUCCCCAGGACCUGGAAGGGUUCAGCGUCUAUGUUCAAAAUGAACACCGGGGAAAUGCUGCUGUGACCUGGACCCGGAGUGUUCAAGUCAACGUCUAUGAUGUUGAGAUUAUAGUCAGCAGGCAACAUUCCGGCAAAGUCUUGGUCGAAGGCUUGCUCACCUUCCUUCCCUUUAGUGCAGCUGGAGGAAAAAUCAAGUUAUAUAGGAGCGGCCUGGAUGCUGUGAUUGAGACUGACUUUGGCCUCGUGGUGACCUUUAACUGGGAUAGCAAGGUAUCAGUCACGGUGCCCAACACCUAUGCCAACAUCCUGCGUGGCCUGUGUGGAAACUUCAACGGGAACCCUGAAGAUGAUGCCCUUGUGCCUGGCAGCAUCCUCACUCCCGACAGGCCAGUAUUUGGUGGCAGUGGAAUUGAGAGCAUUGACCCAAAAUGCAAGGAGAUAGUGGACCCCAAAUGCCCAGGGAUGGAAGAAUUAGCAGCCCAGCAGCGUGCAGCAGGCCAGGAAUGUGGGCUUAUUCUGGCCAAGGAUGGGCCCUUCCGGGAGUGCCACGGCCAGGUUGACGAAGAAGGCGCCUUCCAAGAUUGCAUUUACGACUUUUGUUUCUACAAGGGACGCUAUGCCUUCAUGUGUGCAGCCAUCGCCAGUUAUGCCAAAGACUGCCAAGCUGUUGGGGUCACCAUAUACCCCUGGAGGUCUGCAACCUUCUGCCCCCCACCCUGUCCGCUCAACAGUCACUAUGAACAUUGCGCCACGGCCUGUGACCAGACCUGCAGCAGCCUGUAUGUCCCGCCUCGAUGCCCGGAGAAGUGCGAGGAGGGCUGUGUCUGCAAUGAGGGCUUUGUCAGGAGCACUGACACUUGCGUCCCUAUGUCUGAGUGUGGGUGCUUCUACAAGGGACGCUACUAUCCAGCCUUGGAAUAUUUCUAUCCAACUUGUGAGGAACGUUGCAGGUGCCAGGCUGGUGGAAACGUGGUGUGUCAUACCGCUCCCUGCACCCCCAAUGAAGAGUGCAAAACGGUGGAAGGGUACCGCAAGUGCUUCGCAGUUGGAAACGCCACCUGCUCAGUUGUUGGUGACCUCUAUCUGUCCUUUGAUGGCCAAAUCAUUAACUUCCAGGGCACCUGCACUUACUUCUUAACCAAGCUACACAAGCCAACCCAGAGCUUGAAACCCCUAGCUGUUAUUGUCAAGAAUGAGCCUUGGGGCAAUGGGAAGAUCACACAUGCCACGAUGGUCUAUGUGGAGGUCCUUGACUUUCAGGUUGUUAUGCUGCUGAACAAAUGGGGAGUAGUGCUGGUGGAUGGAGUAUUGCAACGCCUCCCUGUGAAUCUUUUGUCUGGGCACCUCAGAAUCUUUCAGCACGGGAUCGGUAUCACAAUAGACUCCACCUUUGGCUUUGCACUGACCUACGACCUGUAUUCCCAUGUGAGGGUCACUAUUCCCAGCAUCUACCAGGACUACGUAGGUGGCUUGUGUGGGAACUACAAUGGAGACAAGAGUGACGAUCUCCAGCUCCCUGAUGGCACUGUGGUCACUGAUGUGAAUAAAUUUGCUGUUGCCUGGAAACUUCCAAUUGUUGAUGAAUCCUGCACAGAUGGGUGUGUUGCAGAGGGCUGCUUAGUUUGUGAGGAGGAGAAGAAAGAACCUUUCAAACAGCUCAGCUCCUGUGGGCUCCUCACUGCAUCCAAUGGUCCAUUCAGUGCAUGCCAUGCCAUAGUGAACCCCGAGCCAUAUCUGGACAACUGCAUCAAUGACCUGUGUGUAGGAGGUGGUGACCAACAGAUCCUGUGCCAGAGCCUCCAGAGCUACAUGAAAGCCUGCCAGGAGGCCAGGGUCCCUAUUGAGCCUUGGAGAAGUGCAACCUUCUGCCCCGUGACUUGCCCUGCCAACAGUUAUUAUACCACUUGUUCCAACAUUUGUGAAACCAACUGUGCUGGACUGACUGACCACAUUCGAUGCCCGGAAUACUGUGUCGAGGGCUGCCAGUGUGAUGUUGGCUUCUUCUUUGAUGGCCUCAAAUGCAUCUCCUUGGAUGAGUGUGGCUGCUUUGAGCGUGGCAGAUAUUUCCCACCUGAUGAACCUGUGGUGCUCAAUGACUGUAAGGAGAAAUGCAUCUGCACUGCAGCUGGAGGGUUCAGGUGUGAGGCCAUCACUUGCCAAGGAGAAGAAACUUGUGAGGUGAUUGAUGGCAUCAUGCGAUGCUACGGGAAAGAGUACCACUGCUCCCUGAUACCCGGAGCUCAACUAUCUACCUUUGAUGGCCUUUCUGGGAAUGUCCCUGCUCCUGGCUCCUUUCAACUGACUUCCCUUUGUGACAUCAACUCAGAUUAUUGGUUCCGUGUGAUUGUGGAAGUUUCGUCAUGUCCGCCCAAUGGAGCAGUCACUGCCAACUUGCUCUAUUUCUUCUACAAGGGUCUAUUUAUUACUGUGAAUAGACAGAAGGAGGCCUGGGUGAAUGGGCUGCCAGUUCAGAUCCCAUCCAAAAUCACAGAGUCAAUAAUAUUUAAUCUGUCUGGUGAAGUCAUAACCCUGAGUUCACCUCAAGUUCAAGUAAAACUGAACCUAGCUGGAGGAGUGCAGGUGACUGCUAGUCCAGAUUUGAAAGGACAAGUAUGUGGGGCAUGUGGAAACUUCAACAAUGAUCAGACGGAUGACCUAAUUGGUCCAAAUGAAGUGAAAGUAACUGAUGUUCCUGCAUUGUUGACGUCUUGGACAGCCAGAGAUUUCACCCCCUGGUAAGUUAGCUUAUGAAUGCUCCUCCUUGUGGAUGACUGAAUGGAGGCCAUCAAAAAGAACUACACU